CUUCGCUGCUCUGAUCGCAAAAAAGAUUGCCGACUAGCAGGGUGUGGUGCGGACUCCUGGCGGUAUAAAUAGUGUUAAUUUCGAUCACGGCUUGUCACUGUGUAAUCGUGCAGCAAGACGACGACAACAACAAGCUAAAAGAUGUUUGUAAAACUGGUGACUUUCGCGUGUUUCCUGGGCAUUUCGCUCGCUGCUUGGCAUGGGCCACUCGCCGGUGGUUCUCCAGCUGAUAAAUAUCCAGCUGGUGUAAGCCCACAGGCCUGCCCCAACUACCCACACUGCGAUAACCCAGCUGUCGCUGCUAAUCCCAGUGGUCCAUCUCAUGGCGCUUGGAAUGGCGGAUGGAACGGUGGCCAUGCUGGUGGUUGGAAUGGUGGUCAUGCUGGCGGCUGGAACGGUGGUGCUGGAGCUGGCGGAUGGAAUGGCGCUGGUGCUGGCGGUGCUGGUGGUUGGAAUGGCGGUGAUCAUGGCUCCUGGAACCAGAACGCUUUGGACAAUGGCGAAUACACCGGUGAUGGCGAUUACCGUGGUGAAGGUUUGGCCGAAUCUGGUGCGUAUGGUGACAUCAGCCACAACUACAACAGCGACAAUGGUGCUUGGAAUGGCGCUGGUGCCGGCGGUGGCUGGAAUGGUGCCGGUGCUGGUGGAUGGAAUGGCGCUGGUCAUGCUGGCCACGCUGCUCAGGUUCCAGCUGGAGUUGAUCCUCAUGCCUGUCCCAACUAUCCAUUCUGCCACUAAGUUUUUUCUUCUUCCUUCUUUCUUCGACCAUCUUGAAUUAAGGCACAACGGGGCUUUCUGUACCAGCUGACAAACAUCGUUCUUAACUUAGAGUUCUUUUUUGAAUUAUUGUCGUUGUCGGCGACAGAUCCGACAGGUCUGUGAAUUGCUGUAAAUAAUUUUAAAUAAAGAGUGAUUUGAUACACAUAUAUACAUAA